UCCGUCACUGCAGCAGUUGAGCUCAGCGCACACAGCAAACAACUUCUGUUAAUAGCAACCUCAUUCAGUAAACUUCUCGUCCUGAAGAUGUCAAAGAAAGCUGCUCGACAUGUCGGAAAAGACGUGUGUGUCAGUGACCCCGAAUUCAUAAAGUUUGUUAAAAACAUUGAGCGGCCUGGUAAAGCUUUUGCUGCUGGUACCUACGCAGGUGCCGAUGCAUUUGAUGACGAUGAUAAGGUUGGAGUAUACGCUGCUGCAGGAGUGGGUUAUUCCCGCGCUGAGUGGAGCGUUUUUGAUGCAGAGGCCAAAGGGCCCAACGCCAGCGCAGGAGCCGGACUCUCUCUGGGGUCGGGUGCUAGAGCCAUGGCCAGGGCGGAGCUGGCGAGUGCUUCCGCUGGUGCCGGUCCACUGAAAGCUGAAGUCGGACUGGGAGUAGACACUGGUGUCGGCGUCGGUCCAAGAGGUGUAGAGGCAAAGUUUCUGGGAACAGGCUUCACCAUCGGUCCGACUACAAGCAUUUCUCUGUUAGGGAAUACGGUUUCGUUGAAGUUGUGGUGAAACCCCUUCAGCAUUUAUACAUGAAACUAAUUAUGCUGCUGCAAAUGAAACACUUUGAUGAACCUGAUGAGUGAUUUUCUUAUCAAAACUGUCUGUACUGUCCACUGUUUUUUAUCUAACAUAGAAAAUCAUACUGAAGGUAAAAUAUAUAAAAUGAGAUAAUUUCCUGUUUCCUUCGUCUCCUUCCAACGGCUUCCUGUUCCUCCUGCUGGCUUCAACCUCAGCUUUAUCAUUGUUUCAAUAAAACACUCAACCAUC